GUGUGUUUAUCGAUGUUUGCAGUGCUGCGCAAUGGUGUUUUUACGCCGCUACCAACACUGCAUGCAGACCGUGAAAGCAACAACAACUUGUGGCAUGCAAAAGCAGUGGCAGACGGCGCCGUUUUUCGAAUUUACAAAUUAAAUUGUAAUCAUUUGUACACAUAAUGUUUGAUGCCGAAGCAACAGAAAAGGAAUUGCGUAGCUUAACAAGUGUGCAAGUUGGACCCGAAACCAAAGAAUAUAAUUUAUUGCGUGCGGACGAGGAAUAUCGCAAUGGCAAUGAAAAGGAUUCGAUUUAUUAUCAAGUUAGAGCACUGUUUCAGUGCGCAGAUAUGCGACUCCUAACCGAGGCCCAGGAACUGGAAAACCAGCUGCCGAACGCUUCUGAAAUAUUGUUGGAAGCGACGCCCAGGGAGAAAGCCGACUACAAAAGAAACAAAUUUCUGCAGAACAUAUUAAAUUACCAACUGAAAUUGGAGAAAUGCACAAGAACGCCUAAAAACACAGCCAUCGAUAGUUUGGACUUUCUGCAGGACGUGCAGGAUCCAAAGGUGGGCUAUGCGCGCAUCACAGAAGUCUGCCAUCAACUGCCAGAGGAGUGGUGUGUGCUGCAGCUCUGCAAGAGCUUCAAUGCAGCCACCACUUACUCCACAUUUUGUGAGAUCGCUGCUGCCAAUGGCGACAUUUAUGUUUCUCUUUUGCGGCACUGUCGCAGUCCAGAGCUGGAGCCCACUUGCCUGCACUUCAAUAGCGAUGCGCUGGGUAACCUGUUUAAGGAAUACGGCACCAUGGUGGAGCGUUUUCGGCGAGUGGUCACAGUCGAUCCGCUCGCGGUAAAGGAUCAUGAGUCCAAGGCUAAAUACUGGAAGGAAUUGCAUGCCUUCGAAGAGUACUUAAAGAAACUAAUUGCCGAUCUGACCAGCGUUUUCAUGCCCUACUGUUUCAUGUUUCUGGGCAAGCGCUAUGCCGAUGCUGCAGUGCAGCAGCAAACCAAAUUGAUUUUUGAUCGCGUUGAUGAGUUCUGCGUGGAGCACAGAUGGAGCAAUCAUCAGCGUAUACUGCUCUCGCAGGCGGCGCUGCAUGCGAAUCGUCUGCCACACGACCAGAUGAAACAGCUGAGCUAUGAGCUAAACAGCAACAGCAACAACAACAACAAUGAGACUGAAGCGCUGCUCGUCUAUGAGCUGCUCAAGAGUUGUGCCACUAAAUGGCAGAAACUCGAGCAGCGUCAACCGCUGGCUGCUAAACGCUUUCCCAUCAUUCUGGUGGUAGAUGAGCGCCUGGAUCAUAUGCACUGGGAGCAGUUGGCGCCCAUGCAGGAGUGCACGCGCAUCAAAUCGCUGCACAGUUUGUGGCGCCUGUUCAAGCACCACAAGGCACAGAUUCAGCACGGCUACUAUAUGGUCAAUAUUAAGAGUGGCAUAACGCUCGUCAAUCCCGAUGCUGAUCUGGAAAAUUCGGGCCGUCGUCUGCGCAGCUUUCUUGAAUAUUGGUUGAGCCACUGGCAGCAUAUGUUCGAGACGGUGCCCACGGAGCAGUUUAUGAUUGAAAAGGCUUUCAAGGCCGAUUGUUUUGUCUAUGCGGGUCACGGCUCGAGUCUGCAAUAUGUUUCCAGUCGCUUGAUUUAUCGCAAUCGCAUCAAGGGUGUCAUCUUUCUUUUUGGCUGCGACUCGACGCGCGUGCUCAGCUCGGGUCUGUACAGUGCCUUAUACGGAGCACAGGACUACUACCAUGGCGCGCUCUGUCCCACUGUGGUGGGCACAUUGAUGCCCGCACUUGAUGGCAAUAUGGAUAAUGUGUCCGCCAAUAUACUGAGCCAGUGGAUAGCACCGGCCGAGCAACAGAUCAUACCCUGGGCAAGCAUUGAUCGCGCCGCUUGGGUCUCACAGGGCACUGUCAAAGCAGCACUCAAAGGCAACAGCGAGACUCUGGAGCAGCAGCCGGACUAUCAUACGGGCAGCCUAAGCGCCAUUUUGGCCAACGUGCAAAUGGGCAAAGUGGAGCCCAAAAUCUACAAUUGCAGUGUCUACGUGUGCCGAGGCUUGCCGGCCUGGAAUGCAGCUGUGCAGGAGCUGCCACUUUAAGUUGGGACGUAUGAAGUGCAUACUUUUAUAUUAUU